AUUGGCUAAAUAGCUGGUCAUAUAUUUGGUUAGCUUGCUAUAUCAAUAUGAAGCUCUGACGUUGGUGAAAUCAUCACAAAAGUAUCAUAUGCCAGUCCCGUAGCUCAGCUGGUUAGAGCGUUGGACUCCGCGUGGUGAGAGCACGCGUUCCCGGUUAUAACAGUCCGGGUUCGAAGCGCGACGGGCGCUCGACAUUUAUGGGCCUCCUGACAGGUAUGGUUGCGGUUGGUGGCAGGCUGUAGCCAGGCGAAGUCAGCGAGGGGACCGGCCGUGCGCGGCUUUGUGCGCACGUUAAACUUUGGACUCUAAAUUCUGCCAUAGAAUCGGAAUUGCGCGAUCGGAGGGUAGAGGGCAGGGUCAUCGCAACGAGCUUCGCUAAGUGGUGGCUCUGUCCUUGUGAAUCCUUCCCAUCAAAAGGUUUGGACUAAAUUUAUAAAAAAUAUAAAAAAUGUGCCUAAAUUGUCCCUAUCCCUCUGAUCUGAAAGUACCUAAGUAUAAUAUUUUCUCAGAGCUGUUGUCUUGUCAAUGUAUUUACCAAGUAUUUGCAUCAGUUAUGUGGGCUGUAGCUUUUAGUAUUCAAGGUUGAUAUUGAUAUAUUGUCUCAUAUCUCUUCUUUACCCUCAAGAUGUAUUGUACCUACAUGCCCUCAGGGCUCAGAGCCCAAAACAUUAGCUGUCCAGGGCUCGAAUAGUACCAUCAUCAAACUUGGGUUAUGAGUAACUCCCAUUUGGAGCAGACUCAUGCUUUUGGUGGAGUGACCUGUGACUGUUAACCCGCGCCCUGCUGGGGGGGGGCUGUUUUUGGUACACCUUAUCAUACAUCAAUUCUACACAUGUUGUGAAAAGUUCAGACCAAGGUCAUUCAAGGUCAGGUCACCAGGUCACUUGAAGUGACCUCACCUCAUAAAAAGUUUCAAUGUCUGCCAUAGCUACACCGAGUGACCGAUCGCUUUGAAACUUUUAGCGAUUGCUAAGAGCAAUAGCAUGUACAAAAUGUAUAUCUCAGAAGUUUGAUAUCGAUGACCUAAGGUCAGGUCAAUUUUGCGACCUCCCCAUUAUAAGUCACAGGGAGAAAAUUGAAAUGCGCCUCUUUUGGACAAAUGCCAUUAUAAACACUCCCAAACACUGAAUUUCAAGUGGUUUAGACACACUGAACAUGAAAAUGGUGUCUGUGACCCCUGUUUAUGUCCCUGAGGUCAUCUUAGGUCACGAAUGGUAUCUAACAGUUUUUCGCAAAUAACUUUUGAUAGAGGCAUGCUAGAGCGAUGAACACGCCUUAGAUGUGCUCAGCUCGACGAUACGGAUCGACUGAUAUGCAACAUGACCCUUUCCGGUCAGGUCAUGACCUUGACCUGAGGUCAAAUUUUCAAGUUGACCUUUCAAGGUAAAGUUAUAGUUCAUUCGAUGCGUCUUGACAAGAGGAACACGAUGCCGGUAAAAGUAAGCUCGUACAAGGCUUGGGUCAAAAGUUAUUGCAGAAAAACUGUUUCCGAAAAAAAUCGGCUUUUUUGCAGUUUUUGCCCCCUGCAGGCAAAACUGUUGACGUUAGGUCAAAUCUGAGAAAAUUACUCAGAAAGGACGUUAAUAGGGCUAUCGAAUGCGCUUUCCCGCGGCGCUGUAGCUCUAUUGGUUCCCGAGUUAUGCGUUGGCUUCUUGGAAAUUGCCGACAUUCGACCUGGAAAUCGGCAAAAUUUUGCCUUCAAUGACCUCUGGUGACCUGACCUUUGACCUGACCAAAAAAUUGACCGAAGUGAUUUCGUCAUUAUUUGUGGCGCUCUUUCGAACGCCGCCUUCCGCGUAUCGCUACGUGGCCCAGGAGUCGAGUUAGAAGGGGGGUGUGUGUGUUCACACACCCCCCCCCCCCCCCAGCAGGGCGUGGAAAUCCAGGACCCCCAGCCGGGCGCGGGUUAACAGAGGGACGGCCAGUUGCCUGUCCUUUAGGUUAGGCCCACUUCUCUUAUGGGCCAUGGCUAUAUUCCUUGCCAACAGGCACCUAUGUCAAGCUAUGUGAGAUAUUACCACUAUUUUCUAUUUCCAGCCUUCAGCCACUCUUCACAAUAUCCAGCCUUUUUGUGCUCUCUGAUCUGGAAAGUGGACACUCUCUUAUCUGGAAAGUGGACACCACACCAUAACAGAGGUGCACCAUCUGCGUCAGCCAUGUGCUCGGAGGAUGACCCGGGCGGCGGCGAGCCGGUGGGUCCGGUGGUGAGACCCACUGCCGAGGAGCUACUGCGGCCUCCGGAGCGCGACCUGCUGUGUCCGGAGCCCGGCUGCGGCCGCCGCAUGCCGCAGCCGUCCGCGCUGCGCUUCCACCUGCUGCGCCGGCACGGGAAGAGGGCGAUACGCGGCAGCUCGACCGCCCUGCCGCCGACGGCUGUGUUCAUAUGUCCGGAGCCGGAUUGUCUGAGCUCCGGUGUGUCCAAGAAGGCCCAGUUCGGGUCACUGAAGGCGCUCAAACAGCACUACCUGAAGGUGCACGCGCCGCGCACGCUGCUCUGUCCCAAGUGCCAGACGGCGUCGUUCGCCAGCGAGGCGCUAAUGCGCGCUCACUGGCGCCUCUGCGCUGCCGAGUUCAAGUGCAGCUGCGGCGCGCAGUACUCCAACGUGCGCUCACUGCGCAGCCACGCGGCCAAGUACGGUCACAGCACGACGCUGAAAGACAGGACGCAGCUGUUGGGUACCGAAGGUCUCCGUCGACUAGCGCCCAAGCCGUCCCCGGACGCCCUUCACCUGCUCGCCAGUAUCGCCCUGGCCGCCCUGCCUGCCCGAGUCGCUCGUCAAGUGAACACAUGUGACGCUGCCACCCAGACUGCAGCUCGUCGUGCCCCGCGCGGUGGCCGCUCCAGUGGCACACAGACGCGCCUGACGAGCGGUACGGCCGGGCAGACGGCACCGCCGGCCUGUCGCACGGCCGGCUCGCAGUGUGUGGCGGUGGCAGCGGCGUCGGCAGCCUCACAGGCGGGCCCGCCGCUGGUAUGGGGCCUGCUGUGGCCGGCGCCGGCCGCUGCAGCUAGUCUGACCAACUGUCAGACUCAGACGGAGGACAGGCCCAGGCCAGUGAAAAUGGAAAUGGCACAACAGACGAAAGCUGUGCCUUUGGAGCAGCUACUCUGGGAGGCAGGGACUGGCACAUCUGGCCCGACUAACUGUCAAACCCAGACUGAAUAUAGGUCUAAGCAGAGGUAUAAGACGGUAAAGAUUGAAGUGGCACAGCAGACAAAGGCUGUGCCAUUGGAGCAGCUACUAUGGGAGGCAGAGACCGAUUCCUCUGGUCUGACCAGCUGCCAGACCCAGACUGAGUAUAGGUCCAAGCCGGUCAAGAUAGAAACGGCACAGCAGACCCAGUCCGUACCGCUGGAGGACCUUCUCUGGGAGUCGCAGGUCGCUACGGAGGGCCUGACCAACUGUCAGACACAGACUGAAGGCGGUUGGAAGCCGGUUAAAAUGGAAAUGGCACAGCAAACCAAAGCGGUGCCACUAGAGGAGCUCCUCUGGGAGGCGCAGCAGGCUGACAGGCAUUCACUACCACCACAUAAGCCACUCUCAACCCAGCGCGGGCGACAGCAGGCCGAGCUGCGGCCAUCCGAGCCCCUCCUCGCACCGACCCGCGUCCCUCCAGCGGCCGGCUCUCAGACCGAGACGGACAUGCUGUCGGCGGAGACACAGACUCAGGAUCCUUUCGACGUCAUCAAACACAUGCUGCGCUCCGAGGAAGAGCAGCUGCUCUUUCCCGAGCUCUCUGAACUCUCCGGUACGGACAUACAGACGCAGACGCCGUGGUUAACGGACGACUCGCAGACUCAGACACCCUGGUGGAGCGAUGACCGUACUGAUGUGCUCACGUCGCACACGCAGACGGCCCCCGUGACGCACAUGGAAACACAGACGUGUCUGCUGUGUCUGGGACCGUGUGACUGCUGGGGCCCUGAGGCCGGAGCGCUCUGAGUUGGUGAUAUCGUGGACUCACGUGCUAUUAUGGAUGUGUCUUUUUGUGUUACCAGGGGUCUGAUCGUAUGUGAUAUUCUCAUUAGUUCGUUUUUGUUGCUAACUUGUGCGGCAGGUGACCGCAGCUUUAUAUGCAACCAUUGCGUCUAUUUUUGUUAAUAAAUGAUUGAUAUUUGAGAAA